AUGAUCAACCAGUCUCUUUCAAACCUUGCCUUGGUCAUCAACAAGCUCGCUGCCUCUGCGAGAGACGAUGGCAAAACUGACUUCGUCCCGUUCCGCAACUCCAAGCUCACGCACAUUCUGCAGGAGUCGCUGAGUGGUAACUCCAAGACGGUGAUGAUUGCUGCGCUGUCGCCAGCAUUGUCCAACCUGGAUGAAACACUUAGCACGCUGAAAUUUGCCCAGACCUGCAAGAACGUGGCAACCAAGGCUGUCAGGAAUCAGGAGACGUCGGCCAGUAUAGCCGAGGAGCUGACUGCAGAGAUCGCGAGGCUGAAAGAGCAGCUUGCGGCUCAAAAUGACAGCCGUCUCCAGCAACAGCUCUUCGACACGGAGCAACUGCUCGCCAAGAUGGAGAAGGAUUACCAGGCGCAGAUUGCCGAAGCCAAGGAGAUGGAAGCCUUGCGCAAACAGGCGCUGUGCGAUAUGGGCCUUAGCUUGGCAGAGAUCUCGGGGGCCUUGGGAAUGGAUCGCAAUGUACCCCAGCUGGUGAAUCUGUCUGAUGAUGCCUCAUUGACUGGAUGCUUGGUGUACUUCCUGCCUGAGGGAGAGCAAUCGACCAUCGGGACGGACAAAGCAUGUAUCUUGACCUGGGAUGUGGCAGAGUCCGCGAUUGAGGGAAACAGGCGUCAGGAAAGGCUCUUUGACGACUCUUUGCUGCAGCAGUUGCCCUCGAAUGAGGACAACCGCGUCGUCACACUGCAGCUCGUGGAUGUUGCUGGCGCGGCGCUCCAGGAGCCACCAAUGGCGGUGCCCUUGGCACGGCAGGCUGGACAGCCGGGUCGAGUUCUGGUGAAUGGACAGAAGCCAAAGCAAGCACGACUGACAUUGAAGCAUCAGGGCGAGCAAGCAGUGGUUACCAAGAGUUUCCGAAACGGAAUGGAAUGGAGCCACAGAAGCAUCGAGCCAUCACAAGUCAUCAGCUCGCGAGUCAUUAACCAUCGGCCGCAGUCUGUGGAAAAGUCCCUGGCAAUACGCUCUGGAAGAUUUGCGAAGUUAGAGCCUGGUAAUAAAGCGUAUUCAUCACAGCCACAGCUUGCAGUGCUGACAAACUCGGAGAGCAGUCUUGAAGUCGCGUUAGCGCGGAUAUUUCGUCCACGGAUUUAUGCUCGAAGAUCCUUCAUGCCUCCAUUGACGCUGACCUUGCCGCCUUCCAGUCACAUCUUCUCUGUCCCUGGAAGAGGCUCGGCGACAGGAGGUCCAGAGCUCUCUGCUUCCGAGGGGGAAAGGAGAAUCGCUCUCACUGAGAUCUUGCAGAAGGCUGUGAACUGCCAGGCGCUGGUAUCGGGCGCCUGUAGUCGUUCCAGUUUGCAGAGGAAUCCAGACGGAGAGGGCUUGUCACUCGAUGAAUCCAGCAUUCUGUUCACGCCAGCGGAUGCGGCAGACUUCAAUCAUCAAUAUCCUCUAAUACCGCUGCUGUUCGCUGAUGUGGCGUACGCUCCUGUAAAGAAGAAGGUGGCCUUCUGCAGGAGUGAGCCCGCAUCAUAUGUGGUUCUCAUCGCGCCGCGAUGUAGCGCCGAGUUGGCGCAAAAUGAACAAGUUUGGCUGAUCUGCCUGGGCAAGUGCAGUGAAGCCGACCUGAACGGUUUCCUCUUCCAUCUCAGUAGACGGGGCGCUCUUCGAUGGGACGUGAAGCAGUGCUACAGCAUCAACAGGCGAUGUCGUGGGGUAGGUGGUCAGGGUGCAGUUUUCACCGGAGUUUCUCGGACACCCAACGGCGAUUCUCAGGAUGCGAGGAUUCUGCGCGAGGUCCGAGGGCAACUGGUGCUCCCAGGAGUGCAUGAUCUGGAUCAGGCGGCGGUGAAGGUUUGGGGCAAUGGGUCGCUGGCUGCAUUUCGUGCAGAGGUCGGUCAUCUGCAAAAGAUGUGCGGCCAUCCCAACAUCAGCACCUUGCUUGGAGUGUUUUGUGAACUGGGUGGAGAUUCUGCACAGAGGCCGCAGUGGGUUAUGGUGAUGGAGCUAUGUCCCGGGGGCGACCUGUUUGACCUCGUCUCCGACGGCGUCAUCCCACAAGAGAAUGUGCUGCAGAUCAUGGUGGGCGUAUUCUCCGCCCUGGCCUAUGUGCACAGCCAUGGUCUUGUCCAUCGAGAUGUGAAAGCUGAGAACGUUGUGCUUCACGGUGAACGUGCGGUACUGAUAGACUUCGGUAUCGCAUGUCGUAUCGAUGAUGCCGAUGAGAUGCGACGGAGGGUGGGCUCUCCGGGCUACGUGGCACCGGAGAUUAUCCGGGGCAAUCGGUACAACGAGCUCGUGGACAUAUUCGCUGCCGGCGUCAUCGUUUACUUCAUGCUGUGUGGCAGAUUGCCGUUCGCAGCAGAACGUCAGGACAGCAUCCUGGAGAAAACCGUGAAAUGCGACGUGAACUAUGGCUCAGAGGCCUUCGGCCGAGUGGCCCCGCCGCUACUGAACAUGGUGCGGCAGAUGAUCACUCCAAGCAUCCCCAGUCGACCGAGUGCACGGUCUUGCUUCGAAAACCUGAGCUCCAUUGCUAGCCGGGCAGUCAGGAUGUCGGAGGCCUUCAGAAUUGCAAAGAAAGCGCUGGAAAGCCUGGAGGGGACGGUGAGCUCAGAGCCAUCAGUGCAGCUGCAGUCAACAUCAAUCACUGCGGCCACCGGUCACGACACCGAGGGGACCUUGCUCCGUUCCUGCUCGCUGGCAUCCAUCGAGCGCCCUCAGCGUCAGACAUCUGGACCCCCUCCUUCGCGCGCGGGCUCGGCCAGUGUUUGGCAGCUGCUUCAGGAGUUGCCCUCCGCUGCUCGCCGAAGCUUCGCGCGCAUCUCCAACUCCGGAUCCUUCACGGCCAUGAGGCAGAUGUGCAACGUCGCAGGAGAUCUGCCGAAGGUUGCACUUGCCAGGCUGUCUGCAUCCAAAGAGUCUAUCCGAUCACACUCCAGCGACUCUGAACGCAUCUCUACUUUGCAGCUGGUGCCUGUGGUACCCAAUAGUGGACAGGAGCCCGAAGCCUCGACGGUUCCACAGAAGGCACAGCGUCGACCGUGGACAGGAAGUCGCUUGACAGUGCCCUCCAGAUCCAGCAGCAAGGAAUCAGCUCGCCCGGUACCUCCACCUCGGAAAGGACAAGCUGCACGCUCGCAGGACGAUGCCCAGCUCGAAUACAGUGACUCCUGGCAAAUCGCGCUGGCUGUGCUGAUGGAGGGCCGCGAGGAGAGGUGCAAGGUCUACGAUCGCAACAAACAGCUUGUGUCGCCAGACACAGCUGAGCUCAGCCAGCACCAGUUUCCGCUGACGGUGGUCUUCCUGGAGGAGGUGGCCACCAUUGUCUAUUGCCCGAACUGGGAGAUCAUCCUCGAGAGCUUCUUGGAAAGUGGCUCCAUCGAGGCUGUUCAGAGACCCAGGGCAUUCCUUGACAAUGCAAAAGUAUGUGACCUGGGCCAGGAUUUCAGGGUUCUGGACCGCAACAACCAAGAGUUCACUGUGAAGGACACGGUCGAUCGAGAGCCCAGGACUGCCAAGUUGAUCAAAAAGCAGAUGGACCCAUGCAUCUCGGAUGUCUUGUCUGCAUGGCAGCUCCAGCUUGGUCGAAUUUGUAGCUGCUUCAUUUCGAACAUCUUCGAUCGCCUCAGUCUUGGCCACUCCGUGUCGCUGCGCUUGACUGUGCCGCUGGAUGCCAGUCCAGCCAAUCAGAUAAAGUCACAGGGCACGCUGGCUAAAAUCGAGGACGACCUCUUCGAAAUCCUCCAUGGCGAUGAGGCAAGCUUCACUGACGCCCGCAGCUUGAUCCACUCCAUAUUUGAGCAGGCAGGCAAAGAUGAGACAGACUCCUUGCUGAAGACCUGCGGGGAAAUUCUGCCUUUGGUGGAGGAGGGGAACCUCAUCACGGCCCAUGUGCGGCCACAGGAGAAGCUCGAAUUCCGAGUUGCUGUUGGCCUGGACGUGCUCUCGGCCAAGGGCCUCCCCGAAGUUCUCGUCAGCGACUUGCCUGGAGUGACGGAUUGGCAUGAAUUUGACAUGCUAUUCCACCGGCGGCGUGUCAGUCUAGAGCAGAAGGACAGUGACGGGGUUCGGGCGCUCAUUCUGGACAGCCAGAAGCACGAUGCCGCCCUGGCCCUUGCAACCCAGGACCAGCGAGGAAACGCGCUGCACUUCUACGAGGUGGAAGACUUCUCGGAACGUGUCCCGGUAAUCGGCUUCCUGGAGCAACAGGACUCCAACCUGGGCAUCUACCCUGAUUUCAAGCAUCUGGCAGACGAUCCGUGGUUCUUGUGCAGCCAUGAUGAAAUUCAAGACCUGAUGCUUGAGAUGAACAACGCGCGGGAUGAAGCAUCAUUCAACAGGGAGAAGGCGGAGGAGAAGGUCUCCGAGCUGGAGCAACUGAACAAACGCCUUGAGCAGGAUCUGCAGUCCACAAAGCAGGCGGCCUCCAAGCUCCAGCAGGAGUGUCCGGAAGUUUUGCAGAUGUUUGGAGGUUCUGCCUUCAUGGUGAUUCUGAGCUUUGACACUUCGCUCGUGCAAAGCGAAAGCAGUGCCAAAGAUGCAGCUGCGUUGUGUGCCGAGCUUCUUGGCUACAUUAGCGGCUGCAUGGAGGCCCAAGGCCGGUUUUCAGAGGCCAAUGAAUGCCGCGUAAUGCAUGCAGAGAAGAAAGUGGCGGCGAUGGAGCAGGACUUGAUUCACGAGCUACUCGUUGCCCGAGCCGAGCUGACACAGCUGAAGGUUGCAGGUUCCAACUGUGCGAGUGAAGCACUCCACUAUGACGGCCGAGGCUACACAACUGCAACGCUACGGAGCAAGCUGUUGCCCGCGAGGAAGGCACAGGCCGAGACCGUGAAGAUGGAGGAGGAGAAGCGGCAUUUGACAAAGGAGCUCCAGCGAUCGCGGGAGGGCUUCGACAAGGUCCAGCAGGAGCUGCCGGUCACCUUUCCAGUAGGAAGCCUUCUCAGGAGCUCUGCUGAGACGCAGCGGCUGGGCAAAGAGCUCAUGGAACGAGUGGAGGAGACCGGGAGAUGUCUGCACAGAGUGGACUCCACGAACUCCGUGAAAAUCAAGAGCAGCUACAGCAACAGCUGGACACUGCCCAACAAGGCCACCAAGACGGACUAUGCUCUGGUACAAAGUUUGCUUGUCGAGGGGCCUGAAGCGCAAAGCACCUCCACACGAUCGGGCAGCUACGUGCGGAGCGCGACCAGCCCUUCCGUGGCAAAUGGACAUGCUGUGAGUUUUAGGUGUUUUUCUGUGAUAGAGCAUAUGAAGAAGAAGAACAAUGAUAGAAAGUUGGCAGUGGACAAGGCGGUUAUGGUGAAAGCUCCAUUCAAUCGGCGUGUUUUUGCGAAGGCUUCAAAAGCACCUGGACGACGCAAAGGCUGGAAGGACCUCGGAGCAGGGAACUUGGUCCUGGCAAAGUUUCUCACAAAGCCUCUCUUCGGUACAUCACCGUUUGCCCGGGACGCGCAGUCUCGGUUCAACGUUAAUGUGAAGCUCCAGUGGAACAGAUCCCUGGUGAGGGCGGUGCUUACCGUUGUUGACGGAGGACAGAUCUUCGGCGCCACGGUCAGUCACAUCCAUAUCCGGCAAGAAGUCUGGUCACCUUAUCCGGUGCAUGGAAUCAGGAGCACCCUGACAAAUGGAUCCACAACGGAGUGCCCUGAUGAAGGCCUCCAAUGCCCCAACCAGGGCGCCUGCAAAUCGCCCGGAACUGAGAAUGUGAAGGAGGUACCUGUCCUGGCUGGCAGCACGCUGUGGAGUGCAGGCCUCGAGCCUGCAGUGGCUUUGGCUGCCAGAAGGCCGGGCAAGGGGGAAGUGCCCUCGCUGCUCGCGGCCCUGCGCGCAUUCUUGUGCCGUCUGGACAACGAGCUGGACCUGCAAGUCGAGUUGGAUGCAGCGGAAUGCGCCCUCAGUGAUGAGGCGGCGGCAUGGAUCCUCGAUACAUUGCGCAGACAGCUUUCCACUCGCAAGGGGCGCUCCUGUUUGCGGGUUGUCAAGCUGUUCAAGAACAACCUUGGCGACACUUCUGCCGCUGCGCUCGCUGCCUGGCUCUGGCAGCAGCCUGGAGCUUGCGAGGAGAUACACUUGUCUCACAACCAGAUUGGACACCGUGGCGUGGCGAAGCUGCUGAUUGCUCUCGCCCGCCAUCCCCACGAGGCGUAUCCGAGGUCAGUGGAGCACUUGGACGAGGCGAUUCCAUGCUGGUUGCGGCUGGAGCACAACAAGGCAGCUGGCAUUGAACAUCUGCUGAACGUCCUGCACAAGGAUCCCGUGCGCCUGCGGUCCUGCUUCGCCCCCCGCGGCGAGGAUCUCGGUGGCCUACCGGGAUGUACUGUCUUCCGCUGCUGUCAUGGCUCUUCCAAGGCCGAAACUCCGCACGUCCAUCUCUACUGCAUCGGCAAGCAGAAGGAUGUCGCAGACCUGGUGGAGCCGCAGCUCGAAUCGAUGGCGCUAGCACUUUGCGAUGAGGUUGUAGCAGGCGACUUCUGUCCCAUGCCGGAAUUCACGGUACCGCCCUUUGCAUCCCCAUCAACUCCCACAGCCGCCGUGGCAACACGCACCGCGGUGCUUCGUGUUGAUGCGGACAAAGGAGCCGGACUGGAGAUGACAGCCCAUCCAUAUGGCUACCUCGUCGAUGCUGUUGAGUCCGAUCCGGGUCAAGACUUGGCUUCUGGAGAUGUUCUGAUCGCCGUGGACGGUGAGCCCCUCUGGGGAGACCUCUCCGAGGACCAGCUCAAUGAGGCUUUCGGCCGUGAGUUUGCCGACGGCGCCUCUGUGGAAGUCGUGCCUGCUGCCGCCGUCGAGGGCUCGUGGCUCUGGCAGCCCCUCUGCGCGUUCCCUCGAGGUGAGUCUCGCCAACAAGCCCUUCGCGAGGAUCUAGGCAUAUUCGCGCGCACCUGCGGUGUGGCAGCAGACUUGGAUGAUGAGGGCGCUGUGUGGCUGCAUGGGCCUCCGGGGGCCCUACGCCAUGCCCGGGCAGAGCUGGAGGGGUUGGCAAGGUUCUAUUUCCCGGAGCUUGGAGAGAAGGCAAUGUUGCCGGCCUUCCGCUGGGUGAAAUACGAGGCGCCCGCAGCGGUGCCAAGCGAGCCAAAGGAGAAGCACGACAGCGAAAGCUGCGAAGAUGGCACAGGUCAUCCAGAUAUGGCAUCCUGGGCCGUCUCGUUGCGGCAACAAUGGGAGGAGGACGACAAUCUCUUCGACGAGGAUCUGCCCAUCGAGCCUCUUGAGGCUCCGGACGAGGGCCCAGACGUCUUCGACGGCGAAGUGCUGGUGCCGGACCUGGACCUGUCGCGGCCGUUCAAGAUGCUGAUCCUCGUGGGCCUGCCGGGCGCUGGCAAGAGCCGACUGGCAGGGCGUCUAGCUGCAUUGGGCUGGGAGGUCGUCAACCAGGAUCACCUUGGCGACCGCAAAGCAUGUGUGGCAGCGGCAAAGGAGGCCCUGGCAAAGUCACGCCGCGUAGUCGUUGACCGCUGCAAUGUAACGCGGCUCCAGCGGCGAGUGUGGCUCGAGCUGGCUGAUGACUACGAAGUCUGUGCGGCAUGCAUCUGGCUGGACAUCCCUGAGGAUGUUUGUGGCGAUCGGGUGCUCCAGCGGUUUGGCCAUGAGACCUUGCCGCCUGAAGAGAAGAGUCUUGAGGUCAUCGCUGCUUUUGCACGGCGUUUGGAGGCUCCUAUGGAGGCCGAAGGCCUCGUACGCUGGAGGGUGAAGGAGGAUGACGACUUGGAUGACGUCCUCGCAGAAUACCAGGACCUGGUCCACCGAAGUGAGGUUGGGACGUUACUGGUCGAGCCGGCAGAAGAGGAGUGCUGGCCCGUUAGGAGUGUUAACGCCCAGGCUCGGCCACGGAAGCGCCGACGACGUUUGGACAACGAGGCUGCAGCAGCUGGGCGGGCUCCACGCGCCGAGGAGGUGGACCUGCACAGCAAAGCACGGCGGGCACAGUUUCUCCGCGUCGUACGACGUCAGGUGGAACACUACUUCUCGGAUGUCAACAUGAAGAAGGACUGGUUCUUUCAGGAGAAGAUUGCAGCCGAACCUGAGCCUGGAUGGCUGGAGCUUCGCUGGAUCAUGUCUUGUCCCCGGAUUGCCGACGUGCAUCGUGCUUCUGAGCAGGAUGUACUCGAAGCAUUGAAGAUAUCCUCGCUGCAGGUGAAGGAAGCCGCCGGAAGCAACUGGGUCGCGCGGACGCAGCCUCUGCCCGACUUGGAGGUGUCCAAGCCAGAGAACCCAGAGCUGCUGCAUGACAGCUUGGAGGACGACGCAAUUGAUGCCCGCGACCCUGACGACGUCCCGGACGAAGUCCACGGCGACAAAGAAGGCAUGAGCAGCAGGGCUGCUGAAGAUGCAAAGGCUGCCGACCUGGAACUGCAGCGUGCGCUCGACAACUGGGAGGAGGCUGGCGCAGACAGCGACGACUCCGACGCACAGCACGUUGAGCUCAGCACAGACGAGCUGAAACUCUCCAGUCCAAAGCAGGCGCACACCGAGACCGACUCUGCAUCCAUCCCGGAGGUGAUGUUCGCUGGCCCUUCAAGGGCAUCUGUGGAUCCGUACCUCUGA